CCUUCAUUUAUCAUCUGUGGUGUAUGCCGUGGCUCCUAAUUCCUAUUAGUCUGUGGUGGUAAAUUAAAAAAGUAAAGUUGUUUUUAUUUUUGCAACGUUGAUAAAUUGUACAUACACUUGAAAUUGUAUCAAAAAUUGAAUCGAUAUCGUCGGCAUUAAUUAUUUAUACUCAAUCAUCAACCUAUAAUCACGAAAUGUCAAAUAAUGUAAACCCACUUGCAGGAACUGCACAUUUACUGGACGAAUUGGACAAGAAACUUAUGGUGUUGCUCCGAGAUGGAAGAACGUUGAUCGGUUACCUACGUUGUGUGGACCAGUUCGCCAACCUAGUACUACACAGAACUAUAGAAAGGAUUCACGUUGGACGGGAGUAUGGUGAUAUACCACGAGGAAUUUUCAUAGUUAGAGGCGAGAAUGUAGUGCUUUUAGGAGAAAUUGAUAAGGAGAAAGAAGAAAAUCUGCCAUUAACUGAAGUAUCAGUAGAUGAUAUUUUAGAUGCUCAAAGAAGAGAACAAGACGCUAAAAUAGAACAGCAGAAGUUGCUCUCGAAGGCUCUUAAAGAUAGAGGUCUCAAUUUAUUAGCAGAUCUAGGACAUGAUGAUAUGUUCUGAGUUUAAAAAUAGUUAUUUUGGUCUAUUGUUUACAUAUUAAGUUUUUUUUUAAAUAAAUUAUUAUGCUAUGAAAA